AGUGAAAAUCAAAGUUAAUAAUCCGUCCAAAGUGCUGCGUUCUAAAUACUUUAUUAAACAUUAAACAGACUCCAUAUAAAUCCAGCCAGAAGAUUAACGAUUUACUCCAGAUACCACAACAGAAACAGAACUGAACGUCUAGAACAUGCGCCCGGCACGUUACCGAUGAAGCAAGCCACUUUAAUCAGACCCAGACACAGACCCAGAAGAAGCACAGCAGCAGAAGCAGCGGCAGCCUCCAACAUGUGUCCCAAACGGCAUUGGCUAGUCAACAAAGCAACGGGAGCGGGAUCAGGAGGCUCCAGAGGAUCGGGAUCGGGAGCGGCAGCUAGGAGCCGGCGCAGUCUAGACCAAAUAGUAGAAGUAUUAGUAGCCUUAAUCUUAGUCAAUUGCCUGGCCACGGCGGCAGCGGCGCUGAUCACACCGCCCGACAGUCUCGAGUCGCUGUCCCUCGGCUCCUACACCUCUGGCGACUCCUCUGCGGACUCCUCGGAGGAUGACGUGACCGGCUUCUACCGCAGCCCCCACCGCCUGGAGGGCUAUCCCCAGAUGCAGCAGCUCCAGCAGCAGCAGCAGCAGCGCGGCCAAAACUUCAAGAUCAGCCCCAAGCCGUGCUCCUUCGGUCGCGUGGAGGGCACCUGCAUGUUCGUGUGGGAGUGCAUCAAGUCCGAGGGACGGCACGUGGGCAUGUGCGUGGACUCGUUCAUGUUCGGCUCCUGCUGCACGCACAACUACACCGACAACAUUGUCCUGCCGCAGACGGCCUUCUCCUACACGAGGCCCACCAAGCCGCUCACAUUGCGACCGCGACCUCCGGCGCCCUACAAGCCCAUGAUCAGCGGCAUGACCACCAUAGAGCGUCCUCAUGGCGCUGGCACCAUAGUGAUUCGUCCUUCGGGCCCUCACCACCAGGGCACCCUCGCCCGUCCACAUCCGCCGCCCUACCAGAGCAAACCAACCACCGCCUCCGACCUGCAGAGCUCCGCCUCGCACCCCAGCUCCAGCUCUAGCUCCAGUUCCGGCUCCAGUUCGAGUCCCAAUAGCAUUUGGCAUACAUCGACCCAGCAGCAGCAGCAUCAGCAGAAUCAGCAGAACCACUGGCAGAUGACCACCGAGCCGAGCUUUAUUACCAAGCCGCGACCCACCGGCUGGACCAAGCCUGGCAUCGUCAAUUUGCCAAUGCCCGCGCGACCCUCGAAGCCAUCGAAGCCCACAAAGAAACCGAUUGUCUACGAGCGACCACCGCCUCCGCCUCCACCCUCUCCGUCAACGACAUCGACGACGUCCCUGAUUUGGCCAGGCCAGACGCAGCCGCAUCGCCCCACCAGGCCGCAGCUGUCGCCGGGCACAUCAUUAGCCGCAUCCUCGUCCGCGGUGUGGCCAUCAACAUCCACUUCCACUUCGACGACAUCAACAUCCACAUCGACAACAACGACUACAACCACUCGGCGGACAACCACACCGGCAACAACCACGACAACAAGGCGAACGCCGGCCAGCAAGCCCACAAAGCCCUACCAGCGGCCCACCACGUCGAUCUUGGGUUCCUCCACCUCGAGCUCCAGUUCCAGCUCCACAACAACAGCCCAUCCGAGCAAGACACCCACCACGAUCGGAAGCACCAGUGGUAUCGUCACCAGCAGCAGCAGCCAACGGCCCACGCACCGUCCGCCAGGCCUGGCCACCUCCGGCAUUGAGACCAACGAGAUAACGGACUCCUCCAGCAUGGAUUCCGGGGCGCUGGGCCAUGUCAAGACCAUUUCCGCGGCGCGAAGCGAGUGCGGAGUGCCGACGCUGGCGCGGCCCGAGACACGGAUCGUGGGCGGCAAGAGCGCGGCCUUCGGUCGUUGGCCCUGGCAGGUGUCGGUGCGGCGCACCUCCUUCUUCGGCUUCUCCAGCACCCACCGCUGCGGUGGCGCUUUGAUCAACGAGAACUGGAUAGCCACCGCCGGACACUGCGUGGACGACCUGCUCAUCUCGCAGAUACGCAUCCGCGUGGGCGAGUACGACUUCUCGCAUGUGCAGGAACAGCUGCCCUACAUCGAGCGCGGGGUGGCCAAGAAGGUGGUGCACCCCAAGUACAGCUUCCUCACGUACGAGUACGACCUGGCGCUGGUCAAGCUGGAGCAGCCGCUCGAAUUCGCGCCGCAUGUCAGUCCCAUUUGCCUGCCCGAGACGGAGAGCCUUCUAAUUGGCAUGAACGCCACGGUCACCGGCUGGGGUCGUCUCAGCGAGGGCGGCACCCUGCCCUCCGUCCUCCAAGAGGUCUCCGUACCCAUAGUGAGUAACGACAAUUGCAAAUCGAUGUUCAUGCGCGCAGGUCGCCAGGAAUUUAUCCCGGACAUAUUCCUCUGUGCGGGCUACGAGACGGGCGGACAGGACUCCUGCCAGGGCGAUUCGGGAGGACCACUCCAGGCCAAAUCCCAGGACGGUCGCUUCUUCCUGGCCGGGAUCAUUUCCUGGGGCAUUGGCUGUGCCGAGGCCAAUCUGCCUGGGGUCUGUACGCGCAUCUCCAAGUUCACGCCCUGGAUACUGGAGCAUGUCAGAUGAUGAUCAGCCUGGUGGACACAAUGGAAACGUGAACGAUGAUGAUGAUGAUGUUGAUGAUGGCAGUCCGACAUUUGUUAUUGUUUUAAUUUAUCAGUUGUAUCUUUAAGUCUUGUGUGAUUUAUCUUAAAGGAAUGUUAAGCGUAGUUAGCUUCAAUUUAACAAUUUUAAUAGCAUUGACCUUGACUUGGCCUCGUGGGCCACUGCCACGCCUCUGUCCGAACACACAGUCAACGCCCACUAAGUUAGUGUAGCGAAAAUAUUAGCGCUGUAAGUCUAACACACAUAUGGGAAUCGAUCGAGUUCCCGGAGAGGGAUUAUCUAUUUGUACAUAGCCGAAGGGAUUAUCGGGGAUAACGGGGGGAAAUGGAGAGUCAUUUGCAUGUCCACAAGUUGUUGGUAUUUUAGAAGUAGUAGUAAUAUUUAACAAUUAACUAAAUCUAUAUUUAUUGUAAACAAUUGCGUGCAGACACGAUAACGUUGUCUGUAUCUUGCCCAAAGAACAAGUCUAUCUAUAGCGAUGCGAAAGCUCGAGAGCAAUAAAAGAUAACUGAAAAACAUUGUCCAGCAUAAUGGGAGGCCGUCGAGAGAGAUGCCCAUCGCCAUAAGAGCCGGCUUCCUCUCCAGCCGGCAAUCUCCGGCAAUUGGGGGCCCCCGAGGGCAGGCGAACCUGAACCAUUCACACAAUUUGCAGUCAUCGCCAUGUACGGCUGCGGGCCAUCGAAGAUGAUUGGCACAAUCGAUUUGUACGCGGGAAGGCAGACGGCAUCCGCAGUCACCACUUUCCUCCGGAUUUCACUUUUCAACAGCUUUAGCUCUCAGCUCCGCCAGUGACAUUUGACUUGACACCAACACCUCGCGAACGGCUGAACAAUUAAUCACUC